AUGCAGAUCACCAAGAUUGCCCUUUUUUUGUUCACUGCCAUGAGAGCGGUUGCUAGUCCCAUUGAUGCCGAGCCAGACAGCCUCGGGGUUAGGGCCGAGGAUUCUCCCAGCAUUGAGUACACAGGAAAGUGUUACAAAGAGGACAACAAUUGUAAAUACCAAGCUGAUAGGAAGACACACUUUGUCAAGUGCCCUAGCGCCGCCAACACCAGGUGCGAGCAGGAUGGAAAUAAAUGCACAUAUGACUCCUACAACAGAAAGGUCAAGUGUGACUUCCGCCACCUUUAA